AUGGGAGAUCAAAAAAUUACCAUGCCUUCUGAUGUAGAAAUGAUUAAGGAGUAUGAUAAUAAAAAUUAUGAGAAUGAUAAAAUAAAUGAAAAUAAUAAUGUUAAUUAUGAUAAAUUACAUACUUUAGAAUGCAGACUCAACAUUGAGAAUGAGAAUGAUGCAAAAAUACUUUUUACUACAUUAAAUGUUGAUAAAGAACCUAGUAGAAGUAAAACAAUUCGCCAUCUUAAACUAGAAGGAAAAUAUAUUGUAGGAAAAUUUAGUAGUGUUGAUGAGAAAAGUCUUCAAAAAUCAAUUCAACAUUUUAUGGAAAUGUACUUAUUAGCAAAGUCAACAAUAAAUAUUUUUAAAACAAUUAUGUUCAAAGGUCUCAAAUCAAAAUUAGAAGAUGAGGCCAAGAAAUUAUCAACUGCUGUUUCACAGUAUGGUGAAAAUAUGGCACAUCAAUUAAGAACGGGAGAAGGGACUGGUGGUUUAUUAAAUUUUAACAAAGUAAAUAAUGAAUCUGACAACAGCAAAUCAACUAAUACUAAGGGGAAUAAUAAAAAAAAUGGAGAUAAUACAACAAUAGCACAAGAAUUUGAUGAAACAUCCUUAUUUUCACUAUCACCAAUAGAUGAUACUCUUAGGACAAGGCGUUUGAGUAAUUGUUCAAAUACUAGUACAAACUCUAAUACUGAUAUAUUUUCUUUUGAAAACUUGAUACCUCAAAAAUCUGCAAUACUAACGGAGUUAGAAUCAAAUGCAGAUGAAAGUGUCAUAGGUUCUAGUACAUUUGCCAGUGCCAGUAAAGAACAAAUUAGUUCGAUAUUAAAUAAAUUAAAUAGUAGAAGUGCUAAAUAUAAAAUGAAAUACAAAAAUCUUAUUGCUACUUAUAAUGAGUUAGUUACGGAGAAUGCCAAAUGUCAAUCUGUUUUGGAACAAACACAAGAUGCAACUGUAAAAAAAAUUAAAAAGUUAAAAAAUGAAAAACUUGAACUUGAAGAGAAACUUAGAAAUAUACAAAGUGGUGCUAUACCUUCUGAUGCUGAAAAAAUAAAAAAAUUAGAAGAAUUAUUAGAAAAAUGCAAAGAUAACAUUUUUAUGAAUAAAACAAAAAUAGCAAAUUUAAGUAAAGAAAAUGAUGAAUUAAAAAAAAAAUUAAAUGAAGGACGAGAAAAUAUAGAUAAUAACAAGGAUGGUACGUCAAAUCAAUUAAAUUGUAAGGAUUAUAAUGAAACUAUCAAAAAAUUAGAAGAAGAGAAUGCUAUUACACUGGCAACAGUUAAAGCACAAUUUCAUAGCCAAUUAGAAGAAAAAGACAAUGAAAUAAAUAGUUGGCGUAAUAAAUAUUCGCAGCAAAUUUUUGACAAUGAAAAUAUUAAAAAAGAAAAUGAAAAUUUAGUAAAACUUUCAGAAAGUUUAGAACAGGAGAAGAAAGAGAUGCUUGAACAGAUAGUUGAAACUAAAAAACAAGUUUUAGAAUCCGUUGAAAAAGAUGAAAGGUAUAAACGUGAACAAUGUGAAAUAGAGUUUAAUGAAAGAUUAGCUUCAUCUCUUAAAAAUAAUGAUUCUAAAUGGGAAGAGAAAUUUGUACUAUUAAAAGAGGAAUAUGAACAAAAAAUUAACAACUUACAAGAAGGAAUUGAUAAUUGUUCAACAAAUUUUGUUGAUAAAAAUUGUUUUGAUAAAGAGUACCAAAGAGUAUUAGAUGAAUUAAAAGCAGAAAAUAGUAGUUUAAAAAAUGAAAUAUUAGACUUAAAAAUGUUAUCUGAAAAAGAAAUCAGUGAUUUAAAAAAAUCUAUAAAAUUUUCAUCUGAAAGACAUAAUAGUGAAAUAGAUGGUAUAAUAAAGGAGGCUGAAGAGGGAAAUAAUGACCUUAAAAGAGAGCUGGAAAAUAUGAAAUGUAAGUAUAACGACUUAACAAAAAAUGUUGAAGAAGAAAGAAAUAAGUUAUGUGAAAAAAUUAGGCUUUUAGAAUUAGAAUCGAUUAAUAAUAAUGAUACUAUAACAGAAUUAAGAAAACUUUCUGAUACUCAAAAAAGUGAUCUUUCAACUGAAUUAAAUAAAUUAAAAGUGCAAUUGAAAACUAUUACUGAGGAACGUAACAAUCUAUUGACAAGAAUAAAGGAUUAUGAUAAAAAUUUAAAAGAUUUAAAAGAAAAAUAUCAAUCUGAAGUGGAUGAAAACCAAUCCCUUAAUAGUAAAUUAGAGGAAAUUAUAAUUGAACAAAGUACUUUCAAAGAAGUAACAAAGAAUGAGAUUGAAGAGCUUAAAAUGUUAAUUGAAUCAAAAAAACAAGAAAUAGUAAAUUUGCUUAAUGAAAAGGAAACAUUUGAGGCUGAGUUGACUGAUGCCAGACUAGUAAAGAAAUUAAAGUCUCAGUUGGAAAGUGAUUUAGAGGAUAUGAGAAAUGAAUUAAAAGAAACAUCAGAAAAUUUAACCCAAUCUGAAUUAAGAUACAAUGAAAUGUUAAAUAAAUUAAAAGAAGAAAAUAAUAUAUUAAAAACAGAAAAAGAUUUAUGGAUGAAAAAUGAAAAUUAUGAUGUUGACAAUGAAAAUAAUAUAAAAGAAUUAAACGAAAAAAUUAUUUUAGCUGAUAGAGAAAUUAAUAAUCUUAGAGAUGAGAUUAAUAAAUUAGAGGAAGAUAGUGAGAAAAAACAACUUAAGCAAGAGUUAAAUGAAAUUAAAGAAAAUUUACAACAAUCUUUAAAUGAAAAAAAUGACCUUAGUCAGCAAUUAAUUGCUCUUCAAGACGAAUUUCAAAAGUUGUUGGAAAAAGAUACAGAAAAUGAAAUGGCAACAAAAGUCAAUAGUUUAGAAGAUGAAAAAUCAAAUUUAGAAAAUGAAUUAGAAAGUGCUAAAAAUGAAAUUGAUAUGUUAAAUGAUAACAUAAAAAGUUUAAAAAAUAUAGAAUUAAAUGAUUUACAAAAGUUCAAUGCUAAAUUUGAACAAAAAGACAAUGAAAUAAAGGAAUUGUCUCAAAAAUUAGAAACUUAUGACUUAUCAAAGAAUGAUUACAAUACGUUAACCAAAGAAAUGGAAGAAUUAAAGCUUUCAAAUGACAAUUUACGAGAGGAGUACAUGCAAAAAGAAAAUUUAGUAUCUGAAUUGCGUGAGGAAUUAAAUAUUGUUAAAAAUGAUAGGGAGAAUUUAGAUAAAGAAAUUCAAGCUCUUUUGAAAUGUAAACAAGAACAUCUUGUUGACAUUGAAUCUUCUAAAAGUAAAGUUGCAGAGCUUAUGGAAGAAAUAGAAAAGUUGAAAGACAUGGAAAUUGGUCAUAAAGAACAUAUUAAUAUUCUUCAGGAGGAAAUCUCUCGUAAAAAUGAGGAACAAGAAAAAAUUGUUAAUGAGAAAGAUUCAUUAACCAGUGAAAUAGAAAGUUUAAAACGUCAAGUUAAAGAAAAUGAAAUUGCUUUAUCUGUAACAGAAAAAUAUAAAAAAGAAAUGGAUAAGUUUAAAAAAGAAGCUGAAAUGAAAGUUGAAGAAAUGAGGCAGAAAGUUUCUCAAGUCGAAAGUGACAGAUGCUCAAAAUAUCAAGUUGAGUUAGAAAAAUUAAAAGCAACAUUAGAAAACAAGUUGGAGGAUAUAGAUAAUUUGAAAGCAAAAAAAAUGGAAGUUGAAGAUUUACUUAAAGAAGCAAAUGAAAAAGUUAAUAACUAUUCUGCAAAAGUUGUUGAUUUAGAGGAGAAAUUAAAAGAUAAUAAAGAUUUAACAUUAAAACUACUUGAAAAAGAAGAUGUUAUUCUUGAACUUCGUGACCAAUGUACUAAACUUGAACAAGAUUAUGUUGAGUUUAAAGAGAAAAGUGCCAUAACAAUAUCAACUCUUGAAACAAAAAUAACUGAAAUGGAGCAAUCUAAAGCUAGUGAUGUUAAAAAAGCUAUGGCUAAAGUUGAUGGUGAUCAAAAAAGAAUGAUUAAAGAACUUCAAAAAGAAGUUAAACAAUUAUACCAUGAAUUAAGUAAGACAUCAUCAACUAAUGAUGCCCUUAAUGAAGAAAUAAAAAAACUAAAACAAAUUGAAAAUCUAAGCGAAGAUUGUGUAAAAAAUGUUACUACCUCUAAUCUUAAUUCUGAAAUUGGAGGUAAAGAUGAUAACAAAACUACAAAGAGAAGUUUUGAUGUCAUUGAUUAUGAGGAAUUAAAUGUUUUAAGAGAAAAAGUAUUAAAUUAUCAAGCUAAACUUUUUGAACUUGAAGAAAAGUAUCUUAAAGAAACAACAGCUUUGAAAGAAGAAAUUAAGAAAAAUAAUUUGACAAGAUCUGUUGAAAAUAAUACUUUGGCAAAUGCUUUAGAAAUUAAAAGUAUUAAUCAUUCUAUUAAUAAAUUGUCUAAUCAAUUUACAUCUGCAGAAAACUAUACAUUUGCUGAGCCAACAGAAGCUGAAUAUUUACGAAAUAUUCUUUAUCGUUAUAUGUACGAAAGAGAAACAUUAGGAAAAGGUAAUGUGACAUUGGCAAAAGUUAUUGGCACAGUAGCGAAAUUUAGCCCUGAGCAGAUGGAAGCUGUAUUAAAUAAGGAAGAGGCAAGACAUUUAUCAUGGAUUCAAGUUGCCGAAAACAGCAGUAGCAGUGCAGUCAAAUCACUUAUGGGACCUAAUGUUACUUGUGUAACACAAAGGAAACGAUCGUCAUAUGACAAAAUGUAA